AUGACUUCUCCAUUUGUUUUGGUGAAGAUUCUAAAACUAUAUCAAAAGGAAUAUUAUGAUGAAUAUGUUUUACCUUUAUUACGUAAGCCAAAAAUAACAUUUGAUAUAAAACUUGAUGACUCGUUUUUGAUAACAGAUAUUAGACGCAAGGCUGAAAAUCAUCAGUAUAAAAACAGUUCUGAAGUAAUUGAGGAUUUAUCACGUGUAAUCCGUUUUGUAGAUUGUGGAAAUAAAUAUUUCAUUCAAAAGGACUAUAAUAUCCACGAUAAAAUGAAUCAAAUAUCAUUCGUUCUUCAAUCAAACAUGAAAGAGUCACUUAAAAUGAUUAAAUUAUUUAAUGAAGAAGGUAAAACAAUAACAGCAUGGGAUGUACUAUUAAAUCAAUUGUCUUCAUUAACCGUUAAGGGUGUUUGCUUUAAAUCUGAUUCCCUGGAUGUUUUCUCAACGUUUCAAGGUUAUAAAUACAACAUUCUCGAAAAACCAGAUUACUCAAAAAUUGAGAUGUUUAUGAAUUUCAUUAAAGAAGUCAUUUGUGAUAAUAACGAUGAAGUGUAUAAAUACCUUCUCGGCUGGAUUGCAUCAAUGAUUCAACAUCCCGGAAUCAAGAAUGAAACAGCAAUUAUUUUGAAAGGACUUCAGGGAACAGGUAAAAACAGAUUUACAGACAUUAUUUCUGAACUUCUCGCCGGUUAUUCAUGUAAAAACAUUACUGAAAUAGGUGAGCUAACGGGUAAUUUCAAUUCAGUAGUUGAGAAUAAAAUGUUUCUUGUACUUAAUGAACUCAAGAAUGUAGGUGAAGAUAGACUCGCAAACUUCAACGCUUUGAAAUCAAUUAUAACGGAUAAUGAGAUUAGAAUUAAUGAAAAGAAUCAACCCAGAAGAACAGCUCAGAACGUUGCAAACUUCAUUUUCGUAACUAAUAACGUUUACCCUGUCAAAAUUGAAGUUGGAGACAGAAGAUAUGUAGUUUUAAGAGUUAAUGGUAAAUUUAAGGGUCAAUUUGAUUACUUCAAGAAUUUGAUGAAUUCAUGCACUAAGGAAUUUUAUGAUAAUUUACUAACAUAUUUUAUCAAUUACGACCUUUCAUCAUUUAAUGUACGAAUCAUACCGAUGACUGAAGCCAAACAAGAUUUAAUUGAAUUAUCAUCAAAUCCUUUAGAUGCAUGGAUAAAUACACAUUAUGAUGAAUUGUGUGUAGGUAUGAUGUGUAAAAAUGCUUUAUUCUGCAAACCAUCAGACAUGAAAGACAAGAAUUUUCAAAUGAGUAUUAAGGAUAAAUGUGAUAGGAAACAUAGAAGAAUAGACGAUAAACAAACAUGGUGUUAUGUUUUGAAAGAAGAAAUGAAAGGAUUAUAUAAACAGGUUGAACCAAACGAUAAUGAGGAUUCAUUUACUGACGAUGAAAUACCUGUAAAUGAAGCUUUAUAA